AUGGACGAGGGAUUCGCCAGGAGGCUAAACAACAGACUUUUCCCGGGACCGUCACCCCAUAAUGUCCUCGCUCUGGACGGUCACCGGCUAAAUCACUCCUGCCUCAUCACAGAGCCCGUCGGGCUGUUAGUCGGAGGCUUUCUGUCUGUUAUUACGGUGUGUGGAAACCUCCUUGUAAUAAUCUCCAUUGUUUACUUUAAGCAGCUUCACACACCAUCUAACUAUCUGAUUGUCUCUCUGGCUGUGACUGACCUACUCGUUGGGAUUGUAGUCUUUCCUCUGAGCAUGUCUUUCUCUCUGAGCUUCUGUCUGUAUUACAGAGAUCUAUUCUACCGAUACUAUGCAGUGUGCCAACCUCUGGCAUACAGAUCCAAGAUAAACACCAGUGUUGUUCUGGUUAUGAUCUGUAUGAGCUGGGGAGUUUCUGUACUUGUUGCAAUAGGUUUCAUUGUUGCAGAGUUAAAUCAGGAAAAAUGUCAAGAAAACUGUUUUUCUGACGUUGUGCUUGAAAAGAUUUUAGCCCCCAUUUUCUCAUUUUAUCUCCCAGUAAUCAUAAUGCUUUAUAUCUACCUGAGGAUUUACCUUGUUGCACAAAGACAGGUUCGCAGCAUCCAGAAUGCAGUGAAGUCUGGAGAAUCUGUGAGCAACAUGGAGAGGAAGGCCACUAAAACUCUGGCUAUUGUUAUGGGAGUUUUUCUAAUGUGCUGGCUUCCUUUCUUUCUUUGUUUUUCAUUUCAGCUAUUAGGUGGAGUUUCAGUGCCAGUGUAUGAAACGCUUAACUGGUUAACCCUGUCGAAUUCAAUGCUCAAUCCAUUCAUAUAUGCUUUCUUUUAUUGCUGGUUCAGGUCAGCUUUCAGAAUAAUCAUUUCUGGAAAAAUAUUUCAGGGUGAUUUUAGAAACACUAAGCUCCGCUGA